UCCAUCAUAGCAUUCGUGCAAAGCUUUUUUGCUGCUAUUUAGCAGUAUUGAGUGUAUGUGCGAGCCCAGAUAAAGUAUAAUUAAAUACGAUAAAAAAUAUUUGAUAAUUACAUAUAAUAUGUCUUACAAACUCGAAACAAUUCCCAACGGCGAAACCCUUAUCGGUGAGGGCCCACACUGGGAUGUUGCCACACAAAGCCUGUACUUUGUCGACAUUGAUAAUGCCGUUCUCCUGCGUUACGAUUACAAACAAAACAAAACCUACUCCGCACGAUUAGAAGGAGAAAAUUUCGCUUCCUUCAUUAUACCCGUCGAAGGUGAGAAUGGUAAAUUCGCUGUCGGUUGCGAUCGUCGCGUGGCCAUUGUUGCCUGGGAUGGUGUAUCGCCGAGUGCCAAAGUUGCGCGCAAUGCUUACGAAGUGCAGUCGGGUGAGGAAUUCGCGUUAAAUCGUUUGAAUGAUGGCAAGGCCGAUCCACGUGGCCGUCUUUUCGCCGGAACCAUGUACAAUGAUCAAAAAGACUUGUUCGCAGCACGUAAAGGUGAAUUGUAUAGAUUUGAUAAAGGCAAACCAGUAGCGCUGAUUAAAAGUGAUAUUGGCAUUUCGAAUGGCUUGACAUGGAAUGAGAAGGCGGGCAAAUUCUAUUUUAUCGAUUCAUGUGAUUACAAUGUUAAGGAGUAUGAUUACGACUUAGAAACGGGAGUGGCAAGCAACCCAAAAAUAGUCUUCAAGCAUGCCUCACAUUUACCUGAUGGCAUGACCAUUGAUACUGAGGGUAAUAUUUACAUUGCCACCUUCACCGGACACACGGUCUACAAGGUGAAACCCAGCACUGGUGAGGUACUUUUGGAAAUUAAAUUCCCCUGCAAGCAAAUCACCUCGGUCGCUUUUGGUGGUCCCAAUUUGGAUAUUCUGUAUGUAACUACCUCCAAGCUCAAUGAUCAGCCACCACCAGCUGGUAGCACUUUCAAGGUGACCGGUUUGGGUGCUAAGGGCUUGCCAAUGACUAAGGUGCGGAUCUAAAAUUUUGGAUGAGCUAAAUAUGGACUGGCUUCAGUGAAGGCAUUGCUUUUAUUACAAUUUUUUGUAGGUUUGUAAAAUAAGUGUAUAAUCAAAAUAGCAUUGUUAUAGAGACUAUAAAUAGGAAAUAAACUACUGAGAAUAAUUUUUUUUUCACAA